AUGGCCAAGCUACUAGGCCUGAUAAUAAUACUUGUGCCUUUCAUUUGUAUGAUAAUGCCAUGCUCAUCUUGUCCUGCUCAUCAAAAACAAUCCCUUCUGCUCUUCAAAUCCUCCUUGCUCAAUAUCUCCAAUACCUCAAACUCGUCGGUUAUUGGCUUGGAGUCGUGGAACUCCAGUUCUGACUGUUGUACUUGGGAUAGAGUUGUUUGUAGUUUGCAUUCACGUGACGUUAUAGCUCUACACCUUGACCAUCUUCCUUCUGCAGUCUUCUUUCUUGCAUUUCCCAUAUUAGACCCCAUUUUUUAUAUCAGAUCCUUAAUUCUUCUUGAUAUCUCCUCUAAUUCGAUGGAAGGGCUAAUUCCAAUCAAGGGUUUGGCUAAUCCCACUAAACUAGUUCACCUUGACAUGAGUAACAAUGACAUUCAUGGCUCAAUUCCAGCUCAACUUUUUCAUCUAAAAUAUCUGAGCUUUCUUAAUAUCUCAUAUAAUCAGAUAUCAGGGGAAAUUUCAGGCAAUGGCUUGGCCAAUCUCACCAGUAUAGUUCACCUGGACAUGAGUAACAAUCACUUUGAUGGUUCAAUUCCAGCCCAACUUUUCCACUUGAGGCUUCUGCGGUUUCUUAAUUUAAGUGAUAAUUCAUUAAAGGGCGGUCUAAGUACUGAAAUUGGAAACCUUGGAAAUUUGAGGACAUUAAAGUUGGAUGGGAAUUCUCUUUUUGGAAAUAUUCCUUUACAGAUUGGUAAUCUGACAAAGUUGCAGUAUUUUUCAAUAAGCCUGAAUGAACUUUCUGGUGGGAUUCCAGAUUCAAUCUUCACUCUGAAGAGACUAGAAGGAUUGGAUUUAAGUAGUAAUUAUUUACGGAUGCAGAUUCCUAGUCAUAUUGGAAACUUGUCAUGCAUUUCCACUUUGGCAUUAAGCAAGAACAGCUUCACAGGUGCAAUCCCAACAUCUAUACGAAAUUUGAGCAAAUUAGAAACACUUCAACUGGAAGACAAUAUGCUUGGUGGAGAAAUACCCUCCUGGUUGUUUGACAUGGAGAGUCUGAAGAAUUUGUUUCUAGGAGGAAACAAGAUAAAUUGGAAUAAUAUUGUCAAAAUAGUUCCAAAGUGCAUGCUUUCUAGACUCUCUCUCAGAUCAAGUCAAAUUUCCGGAGACAUUCCUGAAUGGAUUUCCACUCAAAAGAAUCUCGGCAUUUUUGAACUGAGUUAUAAUCAGCUCACAGGAAUAUUUCCACUUUGGCUUGCUGAGUUGGAAGUUGGAAAUCUGCUACUGUCAAAUAACGAGCUUAGUGGUGCAAUCCCAUCUCGCCUUUUUCACUCAGAGUUUAUUAGUUUUGGCAAAUAA